GGGACGGGUCCAGCAGCUCGGGGAGCCGGGACGCGGUGGGACCGCGACAUGACUGACCCCAGGAGCGGGCGCGGGACCCCGGGCCCGGGGCCCCGUCCGGGCAGCUCGGAGCGGGUGGCGCUCAAGAAGGAGAUCGGGCUGCUGAGCGCCUGCACCAUCAUCAUCGGAAACAUCAUUGGCUCGGGUAUCUUCAUCUCCCCCAAGGGGGUCCUGGAGCACUCGGGCUCUGUGGGUCUGGCGCUCUUCGUCUGGGUCCUGGGAGGAGGUGUGACAGUGCUGGGAUCCCUCUGCUAUGCAGAGCUGGGGGUCGCCAUCCCCAAGUCUGGAGGGGACUAUGCCUAUGUCACUGAGAUCUUCGGGGGCUUAGCCGGAUUCCUGCUGCUCUGGAGCGCUGUCCUCAUCAUGUACCCUACCAGCCUGGCUGUCAUCUCUAUGACGUUUUCCAACUAUGUGUUGCAGCCUGUAUUCCCCAACUGUAUCCCCCCUGCCACGGCCUCCCGCAUGCUCUCCAUGGCCUGCCUGAUGCUCCUGACAUGGGUGAACAGCUCCAGCGUGCGCUGGGCCACUCGAAUCCAAGACAUUUUCACAGGAGGCAAGCUGCUGGCCCUGUCACUCAUUAUUGGUGUUGGCUUCAUCCAGAUCUUCCAAGGUCAUUUCGAGGAACUGAGGCCCAGCCACGCCUUUGCCUUCUGGAUGACACCUUCCGUGGGGCACCUGGCCUUGGCCUUCCUCCAGGGCUCCUUCGCUUUCAGUGGCUGGAAUUUUCUCAACUAUGUCACUGAGGAGUUGGUUGAUCCUCGAAAAAACCUACCUCGUGCCAUCUUUAUCUCCAUCCCACUGGUGACCUUCGUGUACACCUUCACCAACGUCGCCUACUUCACUGCCAUGUCUCCCCAGGAGCUGCUGUCCUCCAAUGCAGUGGCAGUGACCUUCGGGGAGAAACUCCUGGGCUAUUUCUCAUGGGUCAUGCCUGUGUCUGUGGCACUUUCUACUUUCGGAGGGAUCAAUGGCUAUCUGUUCACCUCCUCCAGGCUGUGUUUCUCUGGAGCCCGAGAGGGCCACUUGCCCAGCUUGCUGGCCAUGAUCCAUGUCAGACGUUGUACCCCUAUCCCUGCCCUCCUUGUCUGUUGCGGGGCCACGGCAGUCAUCAUGCUUGUGGGAGACACGUACACCCUCAUCAACUACGUGUCCUUCAUCAACUACCUCUGCUACGGCGUCACCGUCCUGGGCCUGCUUGUACUACGUUGGAGGCGCCCUGCACUGCACAGACCCAUCAAGGUGAAUCUCCUCAUCCCCCUGGCGUAUUUGGUAUUCUGGGCCUUCCUGCUGGUCUUCAGCUUCAUCUCAGAGCCCAUGGUCUGUGGUGUCGGCAUCAUCAUCAUCCUCACAGGGGUACCCAUUUUCUUCCUGGGUGUGUUCUGGAGAAGCAAACCAAAGUGUGUGCACAGACUCACAGAGUCCAUGACACACUGGGGCCAGGAGUUGUGUUUCGUGGUGUACCCCCAAGGCUUGCCAGAGGAGGAGGAAAAUGGCCCCAUGGGUCAGCCCUCCCCACUCCCUGCCACCAACAAACCCUCCAAAACACAAUGAGACAUUUAUAGAGACGGGAGGCGGCUGUCUCUGUUUACACGUUGUUUAUUGAGGCGAUGUUUUUUUUUUUCCGUGUGUGUGUGUGUGUGUGUGUGUGUGUGUGUGUGCAAAAAUCCCCCCUCCCAGAAGAACAAAACAACCAACAAUAACAACAAAAAGAAAGAUGCAGUUCUUUCUAGAGGCCCUGUUGUUUAGGAAGCCCGGCUGAUAUAAACAGGGAUUCCUGCCUUAGCAUUGUUACCCUGUUAGCUUUUUUUUUUUUUCCCCCUUGAAAAAGGCCUAGAAAUAAAACAGGGCUAGUUGUU